CACUUGAAAAAAAAAAUUAACAAAAAAAAAAAAAAGAGGAUAGAGAAGACUUGAGCCUUAGCCACCUAUAAAACUAACCCCCUUCAUUUGAAGAAAGCAACAUUGUCCUUUUUCUUCCUCUCUCUCCCAAACCAAAUCUCUUUGUGUUCCUUUUUCUCAUCAUCUCCUCUCUUUUCUUUCCUUUGUUUUUCACUAUGGAAAACAUUGGUGAUGAGUAUAAACAUUAUUGGGAGACCACAAUGUUUUUCCAAACUGAGGAACUUGAUCACAGUUGGGGUGGUGGGUUGGAAGAUGCAGCGUUUUCUGGGUACUACGACUCGAGCUCGCCGGACGGGGCAGCAUCGUCGGCGGCAUCUAAGAAUAUUGUGUCGGAGAGAAAUAGGAGAAAGAAGCUCAAUGAUAGGUUGUUUGCACUAAGAGCAGUGGUCCCCAAGAUUAGCAAGAUGGACAAAGCUUCUAUAAUCAAGGACGCAAUUGAAUAUAUCCAAAAGCUUCAUGAAGAAGAGAGAAAUAUACAAGCUGAAAUAAUUGAGCUAGAAUCAAAUCAUAAUAAAGGAAGUCAUAAUAAUAAUAAUAAUAACAAUAAUAAGAAUCUGGGUGGUAAUUAUGAUCAUUUUGAUCAAGAAUUGCCAAUAUUGUUGAGAUCAAAGAAGAAAAAGAUUGAUCAACAACUAUAUGAUUCAAAUGGAUCAAGAUGUAGUGGUUCCAUUUCCCCAAUUGAAGAUCUUGAGCUAAGAGUGACAUAUAUGGGAGAGAAGACUUUGGUGGUUAGUUUAACAUGUAGUAAAAGAACAGACACUAUGGUCAAGCUGUGUGAGGUGUUCGAAUCUUUGAAGCUCAAAAUAAUUACAGCUAAUAUUACUGCUUUUUCUGGGAGGCUUUCCAAAACAGUCUUCAUUGAGGCUGAUGAAGAUGAGAAAGAGCAUUUGAAGAUCAAAAUUGAGACUGCCAUCGCAGCCCUAAAUGAUCCACGAAGUCCUAUGAGCAUUUGAAGAUCAUAUAAUAAUUUAUAGUUGAAGUUAUAUAAAAAUGUCAUGUGUGUGAGGUUUUCCUUAUGCUACACAUCAAUUUUAGAUUUUUCACCGCUUGUAGUAUUCUCUUCGUUGGGGUUUUUGAUAUCUCAAAGUGUUUUUCCUUAAUGAAGAAAAAAAAAGGUCUUUUGGUUUUUA